AUGCCACCGGCUAAAGCCCUUCAUCGCCAUCAAUCUUCGCUUGAAGGUAUCAUCGAUUUCACUAAAAAACCCCCCUUAACCCAAACCCAACGUCUCUCAGCCUCUCGCCAGUUCAAUCAGUUGGCCAGCUAUUUCGACGUUUCUAAUAGCAGCAAUAAGGAUUACGACCAUAUGAAACUUAUGCGCUUCACGUAUAAAUAUACACGUUCUAAGGAGUCCAAGGAUAACUUCCUGCGUGCAUUCUUUAAGUCUACGGGUCUUUCGAUUAAUAUAAAUAAAGAUAUCAAUUUAUCCGAUACGGACCGACGGGCAGAAUUACGUAAUUCUUUUUUUAACUUCGCCGACCUUCCUCUAAUAUCGAAGACUCCCCAGCCCUCGCCCGCAUCCCACUCGGCGGUUCAAAGAGCACAAGGAGGCGAGGGGCACAAUUUCCUUAGUACCCCAGAACGCCUAUCAACUCUCCGAGGUGCAUACUUAAUUCGUGAUCGUCAUCGCUACAUUAUUACACGUCGCUUCGAUAACAUCAAAGCUUUUCGACGUAUCCACAAUACCAACCGAGAUAGUACCGUGGCCAAAGACAACGAUAGAAGCUCCCUCGAAGAAGAGGAGGUCUUCGACACUCUCGAGGUAGCACACAUCUUGCCACAUUCGCUGACUCAGUUCGGCGAUUUUCAGAUUUUCUUCGAACCUAUUGAUCACCAACAGCACACCUACUACAUCAAUACCUUCAUGCCAAUGAUCUUAAAGAAACAGUUUCCUAUCACUCGAACACUCUACCUCACUAAGUCAAGAACGAUUAACCCUCCUUCGCCUCGGUUAUUAGCGAUACAUAACGCCAUUGCGCAUAUUCUCCAUCUCUCUGCUACAGGGGAAUACAUUAAUCGAAUCCUAAGAGACCUAGAACAACAUAGUGUCCGGGAGGACGGUUCUACAGAGAUAGACCGGUUUGUGAAGCUUCGACUAGAUGGGUGUGAUUCUGGAUCUUUGGUGCGUGCACUAAUUGGGCUAACGCAUAGGCGGAGUAACGUAAACCAGGAAAUAAGGUUGAAAGAAUCAUUGAAGACGGCGCAUAGUGAUUAUACUAAUUGUCGAUCUUCCGCCCUAAUGUUCCAUGUCAUCCUAAAGCCAAAUGUUCGGAAACUCUCCUAG